CAAUGGACAUGUACAAAUUAUGAUAACGUACGUUGGUCUCAUUCCCUCGACUUAUAUUUGCCCUGUAUAAGUAAAUCACAAAAAUACUGAACUAGACCAAGAUAUAAUGGCAAGUUGGGAUGAGAAACUUGUUACAGCUGCAAAGGAGGGGAAUUUAAAAGAGGUAGAAUUAUGUGUAAAGAACAGAGCUAACUUGGAAUGGAGAGGAGGUUGGGGAAAGACACCAUUAAUGUUGGCCGCUCGGGGAGGACACCUGGAGGUGGUGACGUACCUGGUCACUCACGGCAGUCAAUUAGACGCUACAAACGAGGUUGGAAGUACACCAAUAAUGUUGGCCGCUGGUGAAGGACACCUUGAGGUGGUGACGUACCUCGUCACUCACGGCAGUCAGUUAGAUGCUAUAUUCAUGGGUGGAAAUACACCAUUAAUGUUGGCCGCUGAGAGAGGACGCCUUGAGGUGGUGAGGUACCUAGUCAGUCAGGGCAGUCAGUUAGACGCUACAGACGUGGGUGGAAGGACACCAUUAAUGUGGGCGGCUCAGUUCGGACACCUGGAUGUGGUGACGUACCUGGUCACUCACGGCAGUCAGUUAGAUGCUACAUCCUUGGGUGGACAGACACCAUUAAUUUUUGCCGCUGAGGAAGGACACCUGGAGGUUGUGAUGUACCUCGUUACUCACGGCAGUGAAUUAGAAGCCUCAAACGAGGACGGAUUGACACCAUUAAUGUUGGCGGCUGAUGAAGGGCACCUGGAGGUGGUGACGUACCUCAUCACUCACGGCAGUCAGUUAGAGGCCACAGACGAGAAUGGAUGGACAUCAUUAAUGUUGGCCGCUCGGGGAGGACACCAGGAGGUGGUGAUUUACCUCGUCACUCAUGGCAGUCAGUUAGGCGCUACAGACGUGUGUGGACAAACAGCUUUACAUCAUGCUGCUGAGUAUGAACGGAUUGAUACAACAAAAUGGUUGAUAGAUCAAGGAUGCAGUACUUGGGUGAAAUCAUUGGAGGGUAAGACUCCUUAUGAUUUGGUAAAAAUAGAAAGCUCUGAUGAUGAAGAGAGAAAAAGUAAGAAGGAAGAACUGAUGGACUUCCUUAAGACUGUCAUGUCAAAGACAUCCCUAGAAGUAGCUCCUGACUCCCAUUUACAGGAACCUGCAGCACCAGUAGUUGAAGCUCACAAGGCAUUUGACCAUACCAUCAUUCUCACUUGUUCCUCACACAAGGCAUGUGAUAUCAAUAUCAUUCUUACUUGUUCCCCUCACAAGGCAUGUGGUGUCAAUAUCAUUCUUACUUGUUUCUCUCACAAGGCAUUUGACCAUACCACCAUUCUCACUUGUUCCUCACACAAGGCAUGUGAUAUCAAUAUCAUUCUUACUUGUUCCCCUCACAAGGCAUGUGGUGUCAAUAUCAUUCUCACUUGUUCCUCACACAAACCAUUUGAGGUCAAUAUCAUUCUUACUUGUUCCCCUCACAAGGCAUGUGAUGUCAAUAUCAUUCUUACUUGUUUCUCUCACAAGGUAUAUGACGUUAAUAUCAUUCUUACUUGUUUCUCUCACAAGGCAUGUGACAGUACUAUAAUUCUCACUUGUUCCUCACACAAGGCAUGUGAUGUCAAUAUCAUUCUUACUUGUUCCCCUAAAAAGGCAUGUGACAGUACUAUCAUUCUCACUUGUUCCUCACACAAACCAUUUGAGGUCAAUAUCAUUCUUACUUGUUCCCCUCACAAGGCAUGUGACAGUACUAUCAUUCUCGCUUGUUCUUCACACAAGAUUGUUGUUGAUUUUGAUGUUUAG